AUGUCCGGCAAAGAAGGAACCAACAAGUCGGAGCCCUACAUUCCUCUUGCUGGUAGUGCCGAUGAUGGCUGGUCCACAGAGGGAGAAGCGACAGCCACCUGUUUCUGCGGCGCCGUACAGCUCAAAUUUCCCAUCGCGAAGCCUGGUCUCAUUGACAGCUUCAUCUGCAACUGUACCGACUGCCGCAAGAUCACCGCCUCCAUGUUCGCAUCCAACUUCAUCGUUGCCGACGUGAACGUAACCCACCUGCGUGGCAAAGGAAACCUGACCGCAUUUGCCCAAUCCAAAACCAUUGCCACCGGGCACACUAUGACCAACUAUUUCUGCUCCACGUGUGGCACGCUCAUGUAUCGCAUCAGCUCGGCUUUUCCAGACAAGCUCGUCUUGCGCAUCGGUACAGUGGAUGACUUUCACUUGCAUGAGACAAAGCUGAAGCCCCGAGUGGAACAAUUUGUCAAAGAUCGGGUUGGCUGGUUGAGUGGUGGGGAGGGAGUUGAGCAGGUCCAAGGGUCGUAUGAGUUUUCGCGGGGCUCAAGGGGGAGCUGA